AUGGAUAUUCGAACAUCACUGGGGUCUUUUGAGACUGCAGCUUUGAAUUUAUCCUAUUCUUCACAUUCACUUGCUCCUCUGAAGAGCAAUGAAUUACUUUUACAUUCCAAAUCAAAUUUAGAUCUCCUUGAAGGAGAGAAAGAACUAAAACCAAUCUUUCAGCAUAAAAGAGUAGUAUCCAAUCCUUUUGAUGUUAUUUACAAUAGUCCUGAUAAAAAGAGAUUAAGUAAUAAUACUGCUGAUACAAAAAGAUUUUCAGGUAUUUCAUUCAAAACCCCAACUAUCCCAUUCAAUCCCCAUGUACCAUUUACUCCUUCAACACCUCAUAAUUUGUAUAAUAAAGAUAAUAGAGUAGUGAGUGAUUUACCUCCCACAGUUACCAGAAUAGACCAAGAAGGUGUCAGUAGAUCAGGGUCAGUGAUAUCAAGAACUGCAUCAUUGAGGAAUAGAUAUAAAUUGAUUCAAAGGAAUAAAAUGGUCAAUAAGAAAUCCUUAGAUAUUCAUUCACCUAGUUUUGACACCGAAUCAAAUUUUGGGUCAAAUUACGGAUCAACCUAUGGAUCCAAAGCACAACCAGAUCACAAAGAUAAGUACAAAUACCCUAAACUUCGAUUCUUGUUCCCUGUUAAGAGGAAGACUUCAUUGAAAAAGAACCCAGCAUAUAGAUUAUUAAGAGAAGCACGAGAAAGACGACUGAAGUUUAAAACUGAAGAUGAACUUCAAGAGUUCCUCGUGAUGUCUAAUGCCGAAAAGAUCAUGAAAGAAUUAAUACCUCCCACGAUGAAGUUAUACGACUAUUCCAAUAUCAUCACUAGGAAACCUUUAUUAAAGAAAACCUCACGAGUAUUCCAAAUCAAUGACAAUAACAAUUUCCAAAUCAUCAACCCAACUAUAGAAAAGAAGACCAUAUCUGGACCAUUCAUAGACACUUUAACAAAGAAUGGAUAUAAUCCUUUCCCUCAAAAUGAUAGAAAGGAGUUCAAUUUACUUGAUUCAAUUUACAAUAGAUAUAGACAAAAAGCCUUUUCUUCAAAUUUGAAGAUCCCAUUGAAGUUCACUGACUAUUUCCCAGAUGAACUCGAUAGUGAUUUGGUUUCACCUUUUGAUAUUGAUAAUUUCAAUAAGAAGCUUUUGUUUGAAAUCUUGUUAAGACGAACUUUGGCUGCAAAGAUCGAUUACAGGUUGAAACAGAACGGAUACACAGGGAAAAGAACUAAUAGAGAUAAGGAAGAUGACAGCUCGUCCAGCAGUUCUGAUAGUAGUGGGAACCCCGAUAUCAGACAUAGCCAUAUACCUGAAUUGGUUAAUACUGAUUCUGAUAGUGAAAAUGAUAAUGAUUCAAUUAAUACUGAUGAUUUGAUGCAACAAAAUGCUUCAUUAUUCUCAGGGUUAUUACCAUCACCUCAAAUCAGUUAUAAAUCAGAUAUGUUUGGGGAUUUCGAGUUUAAACCGGAAUUUUUCAAAGAAAGUGAAGGGGGUGAUUUAGAUUCAAGAUAUUUCAAGAGUGAGAAUAAAUCCAGAAGAACUGCUUCCACCAAUGAUUUAUUGAAUUUAGUCAAACAUGUUACUCCUAGAACACCUGCUGAGCCCGUGUUUCCUUCAUCUCCAGGUAGGGGGUUCAGGAGAGAUGAUAAACAUCAAAAACGGGAUGAUGAAUUAGCAAUGCUCCAACAGUACACCAGUUUCGAGUUGAAACCUAUCAAUAGAUCCGUGGAGACAUUUUCAUCGUCUUCAGGAUCUGAGAGACUUUCAAGAACUCCACCUUUGGAAUUGAGCAGAAAUCAUUCAUUGAGAUCUAAUUUGAGUAGAAACCAAUCGUUAAAAUCCAACACUUCUACCUUAUUGAAUCAUAAACGUUCAGCCACCGUAGGGUCAUCUUCAAGUAUUAACUUACUUGCAUUGGGGGUUCACACAGAAAACAAGAGAAACAGUAAUGCUACCAGUGGUUCAGGAUCAAUUGAUUUCGAUAAAACUCAUCGUCAAUCUCAUUCCACUAGUGGUACUUCGAUUCUUCAAGAUCUUGAAGAUUUAUCAAGUCAAUUAUCAACAUUUAUAAGAGACCCUAAAGAACCCAAAUUUGUCCAUAAAAAUAUUAUCACUGAAGAUGAUCCAUUAUUCCAACAGCCUAUGGACAUUAACUUAUCUAAUCAGAACGUCUUAGAAACUGUCAAAUUAUCAUCAUCUUCUCUUGAGAAACUCAAUGCAGAGAAAUUAAUAGCCAAGAAGACCAUCAAACCAGUGUACCACCCUGACAUCAAAUCAAUGCAAGGAUCUAUUUCCGAAACAUCUCAUCAAUCAUAUUAUAAACCAGUGAAUAAAAAUCUCGAAGCUAUAAAUGAAUCAGAGUCUUCACCACCAGAAAAUGUCCUUGUUAGAGAUGAUAGUAUAUCAACUACAUCGAUAGCUAAGCCAUACUUUUAUUAA